AUAUUUUCCAAACCCUAAGACCGUUCACUCUGGUCUCUUUGCCGCCGUUCAGACCCUAGACAACUGAUAUCUACCCCUCUCACCAAAAAAUGACGACUCGCUUCAAGAAGAACCGGAAGAAGAGAGGGCACGUCAGUGCUGGCCAUGGACGUAUCGGCAAGCACAGGAAGCACCCAGGUGGUCGUGGUAAUGCUGGAGGUAUGCACCACCACCGGAUUCUAUUCGACAAGUACCAUCCUGGUUACUUUGGCAAAGUCGGUAUGCGUUACUUCCACAAGCUCCGCAACAAGUUCCACUGUCCGAUCGUGAACAUCGACAAGCUCUGGUCCAUGGUCCCUCAGGAUGUUAAGGACAAGGCAACCAAGGAUACUAUGCCGAUGAUCGAUGUCACUCAGUUCGGGUACUUCAAAGUUCUUGGGAAGGGGGUUUUGCCUGAGAAGCAACCAAUCGUUGUCAAGGCCAAGCUUAUUUCGAAGAUUGCUGAGAAGAAGAUUAAAGAGGCUGGUGGGGCUGUUUUGCUUACUGCUUAGGUGAGGGUUUUUAAGAUUUUUAGCUGUCCUUGAUUUUGUUAAAUUCAAGAGAUUAGUGAUACUGUUGGACCGUUUGAUAUUAUGGAUACUUUAUGUUUUUCUUAUAAAUCUAUUGGUAUUGGCUUA